GCCUUUCUUCUUCUCCUUUGUAUCCGCCUUUCAGAGUUCAGAGUUCAAACGACGUGACCCCUCCUCCUUUCCAUCGUUCUCCUUACUCCCUUCUCCUUUUUGCUUUUCUGCCAAACCACUCACCCUCGUUCAUUUUCUCACUCUUUUAUCUGAAAAAAAAUUUGGGAUUUUACCUUCCCCAUUCGCCCCCACAGCCACCCUCCUUCUUCCACCCGCAUUCUCGAAGCUUGCAGCAGAUAUCCAUCACCUGCCCUUCAUUCCAUACUCCCCCUGCAGCCGAUUUCUUCGCUAAAGGCCUUAGCUUGGUGAGUUGGGUCACAGGAUUCGAGCUGUUCUUAGGUUCUUGUUGUCGGGUUGAAGUGUGUAUGGCCCUAUUUGGAGCGAAAUUGCGGUUCUUGAGAUCGUUCUCGCCAGUUCUGUUGAACCUCCUGUUUGCUCUCUUUUUCGUCUCUGCUGAGAGGGGCUUGAAGCAUGAGAGAGGGAGCUCGGGGUCUGAUGGAUCAGAGGGGCCCUUCUCCAAUUAUCUCCUCAAGGCUGCAAAUUUCUUGUGGCAGUCUGAUCAGACGGGUUAUCAGCAUGUUUGGCCGGAAAUGAAAUUUGGAUGGCAAAUUGUUGUUGGCACCACAGUUGGGUUCUUCGGGGCUGCAUUCGGGAGUGUAGGUGGUGUUGGUGGUGGGGGAAUUUUUGUCCCAAUGCUUAGCCUAAUCAUUGGAUUCGACGCAAAGUCAGCGACAGCUAUAUCAAAAUGCAUGAUCAUGGGGGCUGCUGGGUCGACCGUUUACUAUAACCUCAAGUUAAGGCAUCCCACCUUGGAAAUGCCCAUCAUUGACUAUGACUUGGCACUUCUCAUUCAACCGAUGUUAAUGCUCGGAAUCAGCAUUGGAGUUGCCUUUAAUGUGAUUUUUGCAGAUUGGAUGGUCACGGUUUUGCUAAUUGUUCUCUUUAUUGGAACAUCGACUAAGGCAUUCAUCAAGGGGGUGGAAACGUGGAAGAAAGAGACCAUAAUGAAAAGGGAGGCUGUGAGGCUUUUAGAGGCUACCGGCAAUGAGAGCACAAACGUUGAGUACAGGCCCCUCCCAAGCGGUCCAGGAAAUCCCACAAAGAAAACUGAGGUGUCCAUUAUCGAGAAUGUUUACUGGAUGGAGCUGGGACUCCUCGUGUUUGUCUGGGUUGCAUUUCUUGGGCUUCAGAUAGCAAAGAAUCAGACAAGUACCUGCUCGGUGGGAUAUUGGGUGCUCAAUUUGUUGCAGAUACCAGUUUCUGUUUCAGUUUCUCUUUACGAAGCAAUCAGCCUGUACAAGGGCAGGAGAGUGAUUUCAUCGAAAGGUGAACAAACCACUGAUUUUCGGGCCCACCAACUUGUGCUUUACUGUGCCUGUGGUGUUCUUGCUGGAAUAGUUGGUGGACUUCUGGGGCUUGGUGGCGGUUUUAUAAUGGGGCCUCUGUUUCUUGAGCUCGGGGUUCCCCCUCAGGUCUCUAGUGCCACUGCAACCUUUGCAAUGACCUUCUCUUCAUCCAUGUCUGUCGUGGAAUACUAUCUUCUGAAACGAUUUCCCGUUCCAUACGCUAUGUACUUUGUCGUUGUGGCUACUAUUGCUGCUUUGGUCGGGCAACACAUUGUGAGGAGGCUUAUUAUUCUGUUCGGAAGGGCAUCUCUCAUCAUCUUCAUCUUAGCCUUCACGAUCUUUGUCAGUGCAAUCUCUCUAGGUGGAGUUGGGAUAUCGAACAUGAUCGGGAAGAUAGAGCAGCACGAGUACAUGGGAUUCGAGAACCUUUGCAAGUACGACGGAUGAUGAUGGCCUCUCUCUGCAUCACACUUCCAUUCUCAGUAUUUCUGUAACUAUUGUAACACUUUCCGAGAAUUUUUGGGCCUGAUCGGGGAAAAAUAUGUUAUAGCUCUUUGUUGAUCACUUGUUUAAUGUAUGACCUCCAGCAUUUGUAUUAUUUACAAUUAGGAGAGAGUGCCGAAGAAAGAAACUGCUCUUAAACUUUCUUCAAAAGCUUCAA